AUGUAUAUCUCUAUUAAUUCACCACCAGCUAUGGAAACAGAUGAAUCACGACCUACAAGAACUGCUGCAACAACUGCUCUAUCUAAUAUAGCAACUCUAAAUGCUUUUGAUAUGUUUCUAUCCGAUCGAAAUGAAUCAUCGGAUAUUUCAGAUGAUGAAAUAAUGGAUAUUGAAUUUCUUGUUAAUCGAGAAAAUUCAUUAGCACUUUUGAACAAGUUUUUUUCAUUAGUUGGAUUAUCAUCUGUUCGUGAUAUUAGAAACCAGAAUAUUCUUCGUCAAAAAGUAAAUCUUGGAAUAAUCUUAAUCCGCAAAGCUGCCGAAGAAUUAUAUAAAGAAAAUCAAGAGAAAGAAGAAAUAAUAAAAUCGAAUAAUAAAUCAGAUAUAACUAUAAACGAUGCUAAUGAACUUGUUACUAAUUUUCAACUACUUGUGAAUAUGAGUGAUUAUGCUGAACAAAUUAGAUUACUGACAUUAGUUCCUAAAGCUUGGGGACGCGUAAAAACUUCGACGUUUUUCGGAUGUACAGAUCAUCAAGCUCGUUAUGGUAUUUAUUUACGAGAUGCAGAUCAAGUUUUAUCAUACCCAAUCGACUGCCGUGGAAAUCUUCCAUUUGAUCCAUUUAUUGAGCAAACAGUUUUCAACUUUUAUCAUACAGAUGAAAUCAUGGAAAUGAUGAUCUGUCAAAAUUCAACAGUCGAUUGUUUUUUACGACAAUAUUCUACAUGUAAUACUAAAAUGCCUUCUAUCUAUUUUAUUGAACAACUUCAAAUAAAUGGAACAAACGAAGACGACGACAUUACUUGGGUUUUAUGGGAGAAAAACGAAAAAAAAACGGAACUACAACAUCAUACCACUUCAAUUAGUACACUUCUUGACAAGCUUGAUUGUCUUUGGAACAAGUUUUUGAUUCAUUAUUUUGUUACGAUUGAACAACGUGAAUAUAUAAAACAAAUCAAAUUAAAAUCAUCAGAACAUGGAACCGCGAUUGUACAACUUGAUUUCGCUGAAAAUUUUUGUUUAUUCUGUCAAUCAGCUGUUCAAUCAUCCUAUUAUUAUAACAAGCAGGUAACUAUUUUUACGGUGCAUAUUAAAAUGGGUUUAGGUCAUCGUAAUCUUGUCUUUAUAUCUGAUUAUAUGAAACAUACAACAGAAUUUGUUUAUCAAGCUCAGAUGGACUUCGGAAUAGCAGCAUCCUGGACCUUCUCAUCAACGUCUCAUGGGAAGGGUCCAGUAGAUGGUGUGGGCGCUGCUGUAAAAUCUUGUGCAACACGUUACUUGUUACAAGGUUCAACUGAACAAGCAUUUCUUUCAGCUGAGGAGUUUUUUAGAUUUACUCAUCAAGCGAACGAUCAUCAAGUGAUGAAAGGUGAUCUUGAACCAAAUCGACCAAUUGAAGCAUUAUAUAUGAAGUCAUCAGAUAUUGAUUUUAUUUUCAAAAGAACAUUACAAAAACGGUGGGCAUGUCUAGAGAGAACCAGUUGGAUAGACGGUAUUCAAAGUAAACAUCACGUUGAUCCAGUAGGUGUUGGUAAGAUAAAAUGUCGUCGAACAUCCAGUGAUAGUUAUUCUGAAACUUUUGAAUUGUUUUAA